UCCACCAGCUGUCGUGAUCUCGCGAGAUUUGUGGCUCUGGAGAGACUUUGGAUGGGAAGGAGAACUUUUGCACGGGAAGGAUCAGUGUUGUUGGAGUGUCAAGGAUAUUACGGCUCAUAUACUUUGCUUUUCACCUUUCAGUUGUCAAGAUAUCGGACUAGUGUCCAUUUCUCAUCUACAGCGAAUUUUCCUCAAGAAGAGAUGAGCUUUUUAUUUGGAAGCCGCUCAUCAAAGACGUUCAAGCCGAAGAAGAACAUUCCCGAGGGCUCACACCAGUAUGAGCUUCUGAAGCAUGCAGAGGCCACGCUGGGCAGCGGGAACCUGCGCAUGGCUGUCAUGCUGCCCGAUGGAGAGGACCUCAAUGAAUGGGUGGCAGUCAACACUGUGGACUUCUUUAAUCAGAUCAACAUGCUGUAUGGGACCAUCACAGACUUCUGCACUGAGGAAAGCUGCCCACUAAUGUCUGCUGGACCCAAGUAUGAAUAUCACUGGGCCGAUGGAACCAACAUAAAAAAGCCAAUUAAAUGUUCAGCUCCGAAGUACAUUGAUUACCUGAUGACUUGGGUCCAAGAUCAGCUUGAUGAUGAGACACUUUUCCCUUCAAAAAUAGGGGUCCCUUUCCCAAAGAAUUUUAUGUCUGUGGCCAAGACCAUUUUGAAGAGACUCUUCCGUGUUUAUGCUCACAUCUACCAUCAGCACUUUGACUCGGUCAUCCAGCUGCAGGAGGAGGCGCACCUCAACACCUCCUUCAAGCACUUUAUCUUCUUCGUUCAGGAGUUUAAUUUGAUUGAUCGGAAGGAACUCGCACCCCUUCAGGAGCUGAUUGAGAAGCUCACAUCCAAGGACAGAUAAAUCUGCUCUUCCCAUCAACAUCUUCUCCGAUUUCUCUGUACAGGCAGCCUGGCUUUGUUCUCUGUGAUUGACAGGUGUGUGGGAAGGUUUCCUUCAAGAGUUGGGAAAAGGCUGAUUCCAAAAAAAUAAGAAUAAAAAGCCCUUCAUAAGCCACAACUCAACCAUAGGUCAAAGUCAUAGUGGAAUUGUACUCCUUUUGACAUCAUCUCACUCUCAAACACGAUCUAAGUGCCUGAUAUGUCCAUUUUCAAAAUUGCUCAUUUGUAAAAAAAAAAAAAAAAGCGCUACCACUGAUAAAACCUCUUCAUGAUUACACUUUUUUUUUUUUUUUUUUUUGGGAGUAUAUUGAUGAUAAUUAGUGGUAUGUUAGCUUUUUUUUCCUCGUGAUGGAUGUAUUUAGAAGUGCAUAGAUUUAAAAACACUGAAUGAGGCAUUCAUUGAUAUAUUUUUAUUUUUUUUCCUAAGAGAUGAAGAUGUCUUGGCUUCUCUUAAGUACUCAUUUUAACUGCUCCCUGUAUCUCAUGUCAUGUUUGGGAUUUCCGUUAUCCAUUACAAGAGUAGAACUGCUUUGUUCACUUCAGAUUUUAUCCGGCCCUAAAUAAAUGUCUCCUUAUUGUAA